UUGGCGCAUGGCCUCCCACAGUCUGCUCUUACACCUUUAGUCUAUCGGGCAGCUCGUUCAGUUUGUUUAUUCAAAUCUAACGGCAGGAGCUGCACGUGCGGUUGCAGAGCGCGAGAGGUUUCGGCUUUCACCGGCUCAACAGAUGGUCCCCUUUCUAUCCUCACCUGUGGUUUCCUACCCUAACUGCUGAUGGUCACCCAGUCUUCUGUGAAUAUUUUACUACUAGCAACCUGUGAGGUGACAACCUUCUGGAAUGCCUGCUCCAGAAAACUUCCUCCCUGUCAAAUGUUGCUGUGUGCCCAGUUUCCCCUCAAGGCCUGGAUUGUGGUUAGCUACCUUGGACUUGUGCUAUUUUCUAUUGCAAGAUAAAACAUUAUCAUCUUAUUUCUGAUGGAAAAAAAACUAGCAAAAUAAACAAUGUUUAUUCAAAAACCAGCCAAUUGCGAUUUUUUUUUUUUACAUAUAAUUUCAUGGUUAAGCAGAUGUUGGGUGCUCCAGCCAAUUAAGAUGGUAUGUGAGCCGUAUCCUCCUGUUGUAUCUUCUGGAUUUCUGUUGCCAGGAGCAGUUCGAACUUGGAGUAAGUGUGACGAAUGCUUCAUUUCACAUGGGAGACGGCAGGUCCAAGUCACGGUAUGAAGAAAGGACCCUGUGGGAUUAAUUUUUCACAUUUCUCAUUUUGGAUGUAUGGUCCAAGCAGUGACAGAUGACUUAAGAUUUUGGAGCUUUUAAUUUUAAGCAUGGAGGGAUGCUAAUUGAAGUACGGUAAUUGACUUGACUUUCGUGUUUGAUUUUAAAUGCAAACUUGUAGCUCUAGUUUGAACAAAGUCUGUUGUGAGCCUUUCUGCAGGUCAGUUAAAGAUGAGAUCAUGUGUCACUCCAGUGCAACUGUGAACUGUUAAAAGGUUCUUAGUAUGCCAGCAGGUGAUCUCGUAUAUUUUGUUCCUAAGAUUCGAGUUUGAAAUAUAUAGAAAGUGCAUUAUGAUAAGUUUUUUGCUCUGAACAUGAUUAAAAGUUAUUGGGACAGUCCAAAUCAAAAAUUGUGGCCUCUCCUAUUUCUGAAACACCAAUAUCGAUUGGAACCUCUCAAUACAGCAGGCAAAAUACCAAUCUUUAACUGUUUGUGUUUGUUAGCGCAGGAUGAUAUCCUGGCCAAUAUUCUUCCCUCAACUAGCUUAUUAAAAGUAGAUAACUGUUCUUAAUACUUUAAUGUUGGUGCUUGCUCUGUGUAAAUUGACUCAUGUUUUCUAUAUCACACAGCAAUUUUUAAAAAAUGUCACUGACUCAAAGUGGUUUGGAAACAUCCUGAGAUGAUGAAAGGUGCAACGUAAAGUCGCUUUGCUCACCUUUUGUUUUGGUUUGACCAGGUGGACCAACACACCAUUUUGUUUUCCAUCACAUAAAUUAGACCACUUGGAAAUACGUAGAGCAUGUUAAAAACACCAUUUAAACUGUCUGUUUAUUCAGUUGUGCAUUAGCACUUGAACAAGAAGCUUAUUCACUGCAAAUUGAUGAAAUAUUAACUGUUGUUAGUUUUUGAAUCAGUCCAGUUAUUAUUUGGUCUUUUGUUUCUCAGCUUGCUCCCUGUUUUUUUUUCUCUUGGUACUGAAUCUUAAUCAUCUAGCCCUAACUUGCAGAGCUGCUGUACUACUUUUCGUCUGAAGAUAUUAUUACCUUCAGAUGCUCACUUUUUCAACUGCUUCAGCCAGUUGUUUCCUUCUGGUCCAGUGCUUGUGUUUCACUCAAACUUGAGGCAAUGGGUUAUUGGCUGACAGCACACCAAAUGGUUGUUUGAUCCUGUGCAAAGUUGUGAUUGCAAAUAAUAGGUGGUGAGACCUUGCCUCUAAGCACUGUAUAUCCCUUACCUCAAUUGAAUGCUCUCUAGGCUAAUGCACAAGUUGCUACUAUGCUUUUUUAAACUUGGCCUUUGCAUUCGGCCUGCGAGUUUCAUUAGUGUCAAAGCUUAGAAUAAACUGUGUGAAGCUAUACUGUACUGUGUUUGACAAAUGUAGUAUUUUUGAAUAUGGAAAGGAUAAAGUGCAAACUAUGGUCAAUUCCUCCUGUUAUUAGUGAGUAUAGAAUCAAUAUAGUAACAUGAAAAUGUUUUGACUACAGACAUAAUUGCAAAGUCAAAUUUUAAAUUGCAGUGUGUGAUACAUGAACUAGAUUUUUACAUCAAUUUCAAGAGUUUACAGCACAAAUGAUCUUAUUUAAAGCCCAGUUACUUUUAGUUUACAAUAGUUCAAGUUAAUUGUAUAACUAAGAACAAGGUGAGUUCUAUUCCCUGAUAACCUUUUGGGGAAAUUGUGUAUUACACAUGCAACAAUUUCAGAACCAUUUUGAUUUACUUCAAUUUAAAAUGCACCAAGGUUCAAAGUUCAGUUACAGUAAAUAGUCAGCUCAUCUUCAAAUUGCUACACUGUCGACAUUGAUUCAAAGAGUGAUUAAUUCAAAACUCUCUAAUCAAAAGUAUGUGCUACAUGCUGUACUUUAGGUUGUGUGCCUGACUGAAUGAAACUGACUGCAUUCUUUGCAAAAAAAAGUUGUGAUCCUGAGAUUGACCCAUUUUCCGUAGCUGAACUGCAGUGCUCACUUUUCAAAACUGCUGGUAACUAAGAUGCAUUGUGGGUCUGUCUAUGCUACGUGACUACAGAAACCCAAAGGCAAUUCACCACCACACUCUUGAAGGCAAUUCAAAAUUGCCUAGGCCAGCAUUUAUUGCCAGUGAUGGGCUGAUCCUGUGAGCGAGAGUGUAACUCUAUUCCUCACUAGACCUGUCAGCAACAGCUAAGAAAUUCAACACCAACAAAUUAAGCACUGGCAGUCUUGUGGAAUGCUGCUAAAAGAGCAUGAGAAAUAGUCAAAAGUGAAGUUAACAAGAUAAAUAGUAGUUGGCAUCCCAGUACCUGUACGACUGGAAUCCCAUAAUUUCGAUCAGGGCAGCAAACUUAAAGGACAGAGUAUUACCAUUUUGUGCUGUGUGUUCUUUUUCUCCCCUUUUUGCUUUACUGCUGUCAAGUAACAACAGGGUUGGCUGUUGCCUGAAAAUCCUUUUGUAAACUGAAUUAUACCUGCUGUACUGUAAUAAAAUGUUUGGGUUAAUGGAAACAGCUGACUUGGCUGUUGUAGGAUUUUAUUUUGUUCUUGUAUUAUGCAUUGGCUUUUUUGUGAUGUGGAAGACUAACAGAAGUACUGUGAGUGGGUACUUUCUUGCAGGACGCUCUAUGACCUGGAUAGCAAUAGGUGCUUCAUUGUUUGUAAGCAAUAUUGGCAGUGAGCAUUUUAUUGGGUUAGCAGGAUCUGGGGCGGCCAGUGGGUUUGCAGUGGGAGCUUGGGAGUUAAAUGCAAUGUUGAUUUUACAGGUAUUAGGUUGGAUUUUCAUUCCUGUCUAUAUCAGAUCUGGUGUAUAUACUAUGCCAGAAUACCUUUCAAAACGUUAUGGCGGUACCAGAAUAAAAAUCUAUUUUGCAUUGUUGUCCUUACUAUUGUACGUUUUCACAAAACUUUCCAUUGACCUGUAUGCUGGUGCACUGUUUAUCCGGGCAUCACUCGGCUGGGACCUGUAUCUUUCUAUCGUCGUUCUGAUUGCGUUGACUGCAGUGUUAACUGUUACAGGAGGACUUGUGGCUGUCAUCUACACAGAUGUCCUGCAGGCCAUUCUUAUGAUUGGUGGAGCUUUAACAUUGAUGAUCGUAGGAAUGGUUAAGGUGGGAGGUUUUGAGGAGCUGAAACGACGAUAUAUGUUGGCCUCACCAAAUGUUACAGCAGUCAUUGCUACUUUCAAUCUAAGCGCUGUCAAUGCUUGCCGCAUUCACCCUAAAGAAGAUUCUUUAAAGAUAUUACGUGAACCAACUGAUGAAGAUAUUCCUUGGCCUGGUUUUCUAUUGGGCCAAACACCAGCUUCUGUUUGGUAUUGGUGUGCUGAUCAAGUCAUUGUGCAACGUGUCUUGGCAGCAAAGAACAUUGCUCAUGCCAAAGGAGCUACCCUAAUGGCUGGUUUUCUGAAACUCUUGCCCAUGUUUAUCAUAGUUGUACCAGGCAUGAUUUCCAGGGUUCUCUUUACUGAUGAGAUUGCUUGCAUUAAUCCAGAACAUUGUAUGCAAGUAUGUGGCAGCAGAGCAGGUUGCUCAAACAUUGCCUAUCCACGACUAGCAUUGGGAAUCUUGCCCGUAGGUCUUCGUGGCCUAAUGAUGGCAGUCAUGAUAGCAGCUUUAAUGAGUGACUUGGAUUCUAUAUUCAAUAGUGCCAGCACCAUAUUUACCCUUGAUGUUUACAAGCAUCUUCGAAAGGCUGCCAGCUCUCGUGAACUUAUGAUAGUAGGUCGUCUGUUUGUUGUCUUCAUGGUAGCUGUAAGCAUUGCCUGGGUUCCUAUAAUUGUAGAGAUGCAGGGAGGACAAAUGUACCUUUAUAUUCAAGAGGUAGCAGAUUAUCUCACCCCACCAGUGGCAGCCCUGUUUCUUCUUGGUAUUUUCUGGAAGCGCUGCAAUGAGCAGGGGGCUUUUUGUGGAGGGUUGGUUGGAUCGGUUUUGGGAAUUACACGCUUGAUUUUGGCUUUCAUAUAUCACAUGCCAGAAUGUGAUCAGUUUGACACAAGACCAAAUUUUAUCAGAAACAUUCACUACAUGUAUGUUGCAGCAGUUUUAUUUUGGGCCACUAUUAUUACAGCUGUAGUAGUGAGUCUGCUGACCCCUCCUCCUUCCAGAGAUCUGAUUUGCAACACCACAUUCUGGGCAUUAAAAGACACAGAAAUCAUUGAAAGUGGUCAGAAAGAAGAAUCUGAUAAGUUAACAGAAAGAAGUCUGGCAAAAUGUGACAGUGUUAAAUGUGCAGACAGUUCUGAUUGUAAGCAGAAAGGUGAUGAUUCAUCUCCACUGACUGCUCAAAUAGAAUUAGUGCUGUUGAUGCCUGGAAGUGGUGAUCCCAAAUCCGUGAGCUCUUCAUGUAUUGCUGAAGAUCAGAUACGAAAUGACUGUUAUGUAAAUGGCCAAACAACUGCUGAGGACCAAAUGAACAAAGAGGAACAUGACUUGCAAAGGAAAAACAUUUGGUGGCGAUACUUUGAUCAAUGUUGUGGAAUCAAAAGUUACAGUGUGAAAAAAUCAGCAAAAGAUUCUGUAGAAAAUGAAGCUAUUUGCUUACAAAUGUUGCAGGAGAGUCCAAAAAUUAAAUUUGUACUAAAUGUUGGACUUGUUGUUGUAUGGUCUGUUGGCAUAUUCAUGUUUAUCUAUUUUUCUCUGUGAAAUAAUUGUGAUAUUGUUUUCUUUUCCCUUGUACGUAGGUAGUGAACUUUUUUUGGUGAAGUUUGAAAAAGCUAAUAGUCUAAAGGUCAGGCUAUAGAAUCAGAGUCACUUUGGUUAAUGCAUUUUUACAUUUAUGUUUGAAUUAAUCUGUUCAGUUGUAAAUGAUUUCAGGUAGUGUGAGACAAGCAUUUGGAAUCCUGUAUGAUGACAAGGUGUCUUCUUAUUUUCUCAAUGAUGGCAUAUGCAGUUUAACAUGAUUGGCUGGGUGAAGUCAGAAGUGUAUGGAUCUCAAUUAGUUUCAGAUGUAGCUGUUGCAACGUGAAUUCCCAAAAUCAGUAUGUGACCCCCACAUAUCUUGUAAAUUAAUUCUUUGUUGCAAAUUAAAGUCAGCCAUCUACUUCAUAUAACUUACAAGUUAUUGUCUUGUAUAUAAUUUAACAGUUAUUGCUCGAGUUGGAGUGAAACUGCAACAACUAAUAGUUGUAAGAGAAUAAUGUGUGUAAAUUGCCGUAUAAAUCUCAGGUGCUUGUUUCUUUGGGAGGAUGAUUGCAGUACAGGAUAAGGCUCAUAGACUAACUUGUGUAAUCUGCAUUUUUAAUGUUACUUGCACAGCAAACAAACCUAUCGGAGCUUACCACAAUUGGAUUCAUAAAGCACAUAUGUACUCCAUCACCAGCACUUGGCACACACCUUUCUGAAAAAAAAUUGCAUGCAGUUAUACUUGAAAAUUGAACUAUGAAAAUCUAGUCACCUGAUAAUAUGGCAGACAAAAGGUUGUCCUGCUAUUUCUGAAAUAUCCUGUUUCAUUAUGGCACUAUCUCUAAACUCUCUCUUCUCUCACGACUUUUCAGCUGUAUACAUUGCUACUCAUACACCCUGCUUCAGUCUUGUUACUGCCUGCUUGUAGCACUUGGCAAGAUCUUGAAUCAUGUUUUCUGUAACUUCAAUCAUAGUGUUUAUUCUUUGUCAUCUUGAAGCUAUCACUAGAAUUGCACCUGUUUGGAAGCUUCAUCUUCCAGUGCUGCCUCUGUUUCCAUUCAAGCCAACCUAUAUGCAGCAAGUGCAUCUUCAAAGUGACUUGUCAUCCAUUUCUAAAUUGUUAUUCAUGGAGCAUCCCACCCCAAGGAUGACUAUUCUCUCCUGAAUGAAUGCGCGGUUUCGUUGCAUCAUCAGCUGCAAGGACAGACUUCCUUUCUUCUGUUUAAUGCUGGCUGUCAACUUCACCACCAUCAAUUCUAUCAACCCUUUCAAUGCUGUCAAAUUGUUUUCAUACAAUUAAGUGCCAUAGCUUUACUCCACAAAGCUGGGGAAAAUGCUGAACGUCAGUGUCUUGGAUAUCUGCGCUAAACUUUUAUUCCCUUGCUACUGAUUCCAUGUAUCUUCUGGACAUCUGUAACUUUGGGUUAUUGUUUAAUCCUGAGCAGAGCUUUAAAGUCCACAUCCUUUACAUUUAUUGAGGAUUCUUACAUCCUCAUAUGCAACAUUUCACAUCUUUGGCUCCUAUGGCUGGUAAAGCCCUUAAUUACACUUCCUUUUUUUUUGUAAACCACUCCAACAUCCUUGUUGGUCUGCUGUGCUCCGAUUAUGACUAAGUUACCUAAAAUCCUGCAAUUUAUAAAAACUAAAAGAACAACAGAUGCUGUAAGUCAAAACAAAAAUAGAAGUUGUUGGAAAAGCGCAGCAGGUCUGGCAGCAUCUGAGAGUUGUGGGUCCAGUGACCCUUCCUCAGAACUUGCAAUUCAUGUUUGUUCUGCACUAAAUCCCAUCUAUCCCUCUCUCCCAACUUAAUGAAUGUCAGUGACCCUGCGUCCAUCCCCUCACACCCUGCCAUCUCCCACUGAAUCCAAUACCAUUGUAGGUUCUUGGCCCACCCUGCAAUUUCUUACAGUUUUGUAACUCCUAAAAAUUCAAAACUCCUUUUUUAUGCUUUUUAAAAAAAACUAAAUGCAGCCCGUCUUUGCAUUUGAGUAGUUGAUUUAGUACUCCAACAUGAACCACAGAAUUCAAACAAACUGAGCUAUUUGUAUUGUAGGACUAUGAUUUCUUAUUGUCUCCUAAGUUCUGUUUAUGCCACAAGUUUCAGAUUUUAUGGUUUAAAUAUACUUAAACUAAGAUUUAACUGUUGGGGUGUAUUCCACUUAAAAAGAAACGAAAUAUUGCUUUGAAUUAUUUAGUAUCGUGACUUCUUUGCCAACUCAGUUGUCUGCUGUAAAUUCAAACUCACUUCUACAGCUGGAAAAACAAUACUGUCAAGACAGCAGUUAAGGCUAAGCCUAGUAGACUAUAUUUGCACAAUUCUAGUUUACAGAAGCAAACAAAUUGAGUGGAAGAAACAGCUUUAUAAAAUCAUCUUGAAUGUGGCUAAAUAUCCAAUUUUGUAGGUUUUGGCAGUUGUGCUGUGGACAUUUUUUUUUCACUAUACAGAAUUUUGUUUGACUAUGUGAAAUCAAAUGUAGUUUUAACCCUAAUGAUUAGUACACGUUCAGUAAUUGUGCAGUUUGAAUUUCUCCCUUUUAAUGGGAACAAUUUUUUUCAAACUUGAAUUUGUUUUCCGGGAGUGACAAUCACAAUUGAAUGAACCCUUUGUAAUUUCUAUGAUACAGUUAGGCACUAAUUUUUUCACUUUUGUAGCGUGGUUGUAGUCUAAUCUUAUGGCUCAGAUUGGCAAAUAUCCAAUACUGUCACACUUUGUGCUCAAGAGUUGGGAAAAAUGAAUUGAAAUGUAUUUUUCUUGUAACUGAGUCUUGUAGAUGGCAGGGCGGGGCAGGUGCGGGUUGGUGAUGGUGUGUGAGAAACACCAAACUAAAAUGAAAUGAAAGCUUGGAACCAGCAAAUAUUAGAACCAUUCUUUCAAAAAUUAUUGUUCAGUCUUAGGGUGUCUGGCAACACAAUGAAAAUUGAUGGAUAGAUGAAUGGAACUGUCUUGUGAAAUAGCUAAAUUUGGUAUAUGUGAAGGCCAAGAUAAAGAAGCAUCAGAAUACACUUGUUAUGGACAGGAUAUUCUCAGGCACCAGGUAUUGUUUAAUUUCAUAGCUAUGGAGCAGAAAACCUAAGGGGCACAACAUUCCGUUUUUCCUACUGCAUUUUGAAGAUUUACUAAAACCAAACUUGUAUGGUUUUGAAGCUGCCAGUACUGUUGUGGUUGAAGUGUGUGUAUGCUUUUCCAUUUUUUUUAAAAAGAAAUUGAUGUUGAAACGAUAUAACUAUUUGGAACCCUGCACUCUCGUUAACAUACAGGGAGGGAUUAGAGUUAUAAUUCUAUGCAAAUAACAUUUUGAUUGUCGAAUUUAAAUAUCAGUGCUAAAUCUUUUUUUGUUAUAUAUAUAUAUUCUGAACAGCUUUGCUUCUGUUAACCCCAGUCAGUUUGAGGGCUGUAAUGCAUUGCAGAGCCUCUGAGUCAAUAUGAAUGAAUUGGAUUGAGAGUGCUGAAAAUGGUGCAGAAGAGAAACAAGUGCUUGAUUGUGCUUUAAGUGUUUGAUUUUGGAUUUUGUGGACUUGUCUUUUCAACUUGGAAAUCUCAAAGAAUUUGAGGCUUGAAUGCUAAUGCAGUUUGUAAGAAGUGCAACAAUGGGAGUGAGCUUUGACUUACUAUGAAAUGACCAGUAGCACGUUAGGGAAGUCAGUUGGACCUGUAUGAACUUUUUGGGGUAGAGGGAUUGAAGCUGAGCAAGAGGAUUAAAGGUUUGACCGCUGUUGGUUCUGGCUGAUUGUAUUGAAAGUGUUAAUAUGAAUGAAUUUGGAAUGGAAGGGCAGAUCUUGAGGUCUUGAAUAUUUGUGCUGUUGUAGAAAUUUCACUUCCUCUUCACCCACCCCCAUCAUGCUGAAGGAACAUCAGUAGCCAGGAUCCUCCUUUGUUUACCUCCCAUCUUAAAACUGGAUUCUGUGGUUGCAUUAAACUGAGGAGUAAGGUGAUGUCUAAUAAUCCAGAAUUAUUGCCACAACUGUAUCAAACCAAGGUGGCAGAAGUGGGCUUCUGCUAAUGUUUAUAUGUCGAGUUUUGCCAAAGCCUAUUUUAGCUAAUGCUAACUAGCAACUCUUUUCUUCCCCUCCUCAUUUGACUGUACAGAAAUCUCAUUAAUAACUGUUUGCUUCCUUGGUGGAAGAGAGACGCUGCAGGCAAGCCUAAUUUGGUUGGCCAGCAGCAUAAUGCCAAGAAACCAUGCUCCUUCAUAACCUAAUGCUGUUAUAUUUAUUGCCUCAUUAGUAAUUUUUCUGGCUGCAAUUCAUGACUGAAGCUGUCAAUGAGUUACACUAAACUGACUUUUCCAUCACAAGGGUAUGCUUUAUUUCCCAUCCUGUUUGUCUAAGUCUUUAAGAGAGCAAAGAUUUAGUUCUGUGAUUGAGAUGCAGCAAAAUCCAGCUGUUUGUAUACUGCUGAUUACGUUAUGCUGAAAGAUAACUACAGCAAGCAGUUUGUUCCAUGAGAAGAUAAUAGUAUGGUGAUUCCAUGUAAUGAUGAGUAAAAGAGAAAGUUGUUUAUACAAGGCACUGUGGUCUAAACAUAGAUAAUUAGCACAGUACACUGCAGGUGAUGUCAUUUUAAGUAAUAAGUAUUUGCUUUAAUUUACUGUUUUGGAAGGGUGUGCUUAAUCUCUGAUCUAUUAAAGGUAAUCCUCCUGCACUUUCAGACGAUUGCAACUCCUUUAGCUUCUUCCCUGUAUUGCCCUCCAUAGAACUUUCUCUCUCUCAAACGAUGCCUGUCCAUUGUCUAACCUCAAUUCAGAUUCUAUACCAUUUAUACUCUGAUUCAUAUUUCAGUUCCGUAUUUUCAUCAAAUAAUUUCUGUAUUGCAUUCAAAACUGACUUUUGUUCUGUGUGCCCCUUUUAAGCUGCUGCACAUCUUUGAGGAUCCCCAUACAAGCAGCCUCUCUGUUUGAGGCCAACCAACAACUCGAACUCUGCUAAUUUAUGCGAGGAACUAUAGUGAGGUAAAGGUUUGAAUGGCAGUCUGUUGUGCCACACUUGAGCCAUGAUCACUAGCCCAAACAAAGCCUGACUUAGUGGACCCACCACUAAAAUCAAAUAACUGAGUAGAAACUGGUGAUUGUAACCUGGACCCUGUUAUUGUUACUGUGCUAUUCUCAGUCCAUUUUGUCUAAGAAAUCUACCUGGAUUUUUUUUUUAUUAAAAAAAUCCUGUGUUCAUCUGGGAAAUUCGAUUUGUAUUACUCUCUGGGGAAUUCUUAAAAUCAUAAGUUCAGAUUGAAGGACUCUCUGUCCCUCAGAUCAUGGUUCCCAGUUUGAUAGUAAAGACUUGCACAAUAUUCAAAUGCAGAGUCUGUGAAUCGAGUGAUAGUGUACUAUUUUCUCCAUCACACAGGUUCUAUUUACAUAUUGGCAUGGUCCAGGUGUGUAAUUUGCAUGCAGAUUUUUCAUUGCUACAUUGAUAAUGUUGACUGUGUCUAACUGCUUCAGUCAUCUUGUCCCUAAACUCCUUAUUGGGUAAAUCUGACUCAGCAUUUUGAGGAAAAAUGAAAUAUUUUUAGACAAAUUUUCAGAACCCCGUUGUGGUGAGUCCAGUUAAGGAUCCAAUAAGAUGUUUUUGUGUGAGCAUUUCAUGGCCCUGUUUGGCUUUGCUUGCUGAAUGCACUUCAACCCGAAGCAUGAAUAUCAGAUGGAGCCAUGGUGAUAUACAAUUUUUUAACCAGGAGGAGAUUGAACACAUUGGUCUCAGGUAAGGCAGAGCAUCUCUAUUUUUAUGAAACAGAACCUUUAUGAGCAUGGGGACAAGUUUUCCCAUAAAUUUUGGCUUUUUAUUAACAAAACAAUCUCUGAUUUAGGAAGUGAAAAUGACUUCUAAACGUACCUGCACCAAUGGCCUCCUCCUGUCAGCAGCUGCAUGCUGUCCAGCUCAAGAUUAUGUUGGUUAUGUGGGUUGGGGAGAGGAAAAAAAACUAAAUACAAGUUGUUUACCACGUGAAUUAGUGAUCCAUCUGGAUCCAAAUCAAAGUGAUUAUUGUAGCUGAGUAAACAAGGUGUAGAGCUGAAUGAACACAGUAGGGCAAGCAGCAUCAGAGGAGCAGGAAAGCUGAUGUUUCGGGCCUAGACCCUUCUUGCUGAGUGGUUGUCAAUGUAGUUUGAAUCUAAAUUAACUGACUAAAUACCUUGGAUGCAAUUGUUCCUAUGUUCAGAGAUAUUUGUUCUAUUUGGUAGUGGGGGAGUGGGGAAAGAGAGUGGCAGGGGAGUAUCAUCUUGAUUUAUGUUGCUCCAAUAUUGCUGGUCAAACCUAGGCAGCCAGAUGCUUGGUGAAAAUUUGGAUGGUGAAAGUAUGGGAUGUAAGCAGAUUUUCUGGAGAUUGGGGGACAAUUUAGACCUAAAUUGCUUUUUGCCAAACUGUUAAUGGAUUCUGCUUUAGUUGAAAACAUCUAUAAACUGGAAUCGAAGUAGGAAUGUGUUUAGUGAUUUACAUUUUGCUUGGAUGCCUUUGGGUAGUAGCUUGUGGAAGAUGCCACGCAAGAAAGAGAAUGGAUUACUCCAUACUUCCUGUAUAUUCUAGUACAUCAUUAAAUUUUACUGUUCAGCCCACAAUGUCUCCUAUUGACAAAUGAGUAAAAUCCCUUAGAUUAUCAUACUGUGUACUGCUGCCAGAUAAUACUGAAAGGUCAUUCGGUUCUGCAGGGUUGAUCUUGUCGCUAAUCUCCUCACUCACUACAUAAAAUCUUUGAAAUCAACAAGAAUAACAUGCUUUUAGUUAUGUAUCAACGUUUUAAUCAUUGGUGAUGCAUUAUUCAUUAAUGGAUUUAAAACUUUUAUGGAGUGAUCUAACAAUGAGGGGCUAACUUUAUCCACUUUUGCCUGUAAAUGCAGUUUCUGAAUUGGGAUAUUUAAAAUAUUUUUGUUUGCAUAGAUUUGCUUCUCUGGAUUUAUCUGGCACACAAAUUCAGAUCUUCAAGAAUGUGUGGGUUGUACGAAGGACUUCAGUUUAAAGGAACUUGACUUGCAAGAUUGUUACAGUGAAUUCUAUAAGAUGAGGAAAAUAAAAUAAUCAGAGGUCUGUGUCCAUCUAAUUAUGCAGAAGUGCUGUGAAAGGCAAUGCACAUCAGCCCACCAUUCCAUCAGCUUUAAUUUCAAACUUUUAAAUGUUUUAAAACAUCUUAAUUUUACUCUAAUCAACCUCUAGUAACAAGCUGUGUAACAAGUUUAGUGUGACCAUUUAAGGUUAUAGGUUUUUUUUUUUAUAAAGUCUAAAACCGUACUUUAAGACUUGUGCAUUUUGGGGUUUAUAAUUAUCUACAGGUCUUCUGUAGAAAACUAAUUUUACUCAAGCAUAAUUUUUAUCUAGAUAUAUGUAACCUUCUAAAUUGCAAUCUACAAUAAUUAUACAGUGCUUAAGUUGAUUUGAUAAGGCUGUAGAUGUUCAUAUCUUGGUUUCAUGUUACUUGAUUGUAAUAUCUGCAUAAAUAGUUAUUGAUGCUGUAGUCCGUACAAAAUUAUGGCUAAGAAUGUUUUAUUGUCGAUGCAACUGAAGAACUUGGAUUGUGAGGGAAAAUGCAUGAAGGGACCAUAUUUGUCAAAGUUUUGGAAAUUACUUGCAUAAUCUGCUGCCUUUGGUAUUCCGUA